AUGUAUCGUGGUGGAUGGACUGAGGUUUCCUAUAAGAAACGGUUCGCCCCGAAAUGGGACACUUUUCCUUUUGGUGGUCGUAAUCGUAACCCGUCUGCCUCGCUAGGGGAAGUUACUUCUUUGUUCGUGUCGGAUUUUCCAGAAGGGACAACAGCUAAGGAUUUGUUUCAGCUUUUUGGGUGUUAUGGUUCGGUGGUGGAGGUGGCGAUUUCACCAAGGAGGAAUUCUUUUGGGAAACGAUUUGGCUUUGCUCGGUUUGUGGAGGUAAUCGACGGUAGACUCUUAGCUGUGCGUCUGGACAAUAUAAUUAUUGGUGGUAAGAAAAUACAUGUCAAUUUGCCAAGAUUCAAAAGGGAUUCUUACAGGAGAGUUAAGGGUCAUGGGGAGCCUGUGUUGGGCAAGAUUGGGGUUCCACGAAAUAGGUUUCACCCUGCCAGUAAUGGAAUUCCAAGGUCUGAGGCUCGGAAGGGCCACUCUUAUGCUGAGGUCGUGGGAGGGAGUCAUCAGGAUAACGAUUCGAAAGUAUCGGAGAACAUGUUGGUGCUUCAAUCAUCGGAAGCCUUAAGAGGCCGGUUGGAGAGAGCUUUUGUGGGCAAAGUCCGUAUUCCGGGAUCGGCUCAUAUCAUCCAAACUCAAUUCGAAAUGGAAGGAGUUUUCGCUGUUAAAGUGUCCCCUAUGGGUAGCAAUUGGUGUCUGCUAGAAGAAAAUGAGGAGGGCUUUAUUGAAGAUCUCAUUGGUGAAGGAGAGGUGUGGUGGAAGACUUGGUUUUUGGAGAUCAAAAAAUGGGAACCUGGUGCUGUAGAUCAGCAUAGAGAUGUGUGGAUUCGGAUUUACGGGAUCCCUCUCCAUGCUUGGAGUUCUGACUGUUUUACGGCAUUGGCUGAAUAA